UUAAGAGCCCCUAAUGAGCAUCAGCAAAUUAACAACUUCCCCUUGAUUGCUCCUUCUCUGCUAAUUGGAUAGGGAGGGCCCCCCCCAAGGCCUCAGAGAAAGGAGGGAGGGAAGGAGAGAGGUGACAGCUACAAGAACAACCCCCAGGUUUCAGGGCCCAGAUUUCUGGUCCAGCCUAGAACAUACUCCUCCUUGUAGCAUUUCUUCAUUCUGUACCUUUUUAUUCUGUUUUCCCUUUCCCUACUUCUGACCCAUUUGCCCUCACUUCUAGCUAUGUCUCUUUUCUUCUCUCUGUUUCUCUUUGCUUUAUAGGUCGGCCAUGGAGGCGCCUGCAUACAGGCUGCUUAAGAAAUUCACUGGUAUACAGAUGGGGUCUGGGUGGCCGCAGGUGUUUCAUAUAUGUGCAUGUGUGUGGGUCACGUGAAGGUGGGAAGCAGGAAUAGGAGCAGGUGAGUGAAUGUGUAAACAGGUAAGUGCUUAUGUGGGGGUCAGGCUUCAGGGAUGGCUGAGUGGCAGGGUAAGACUCUGGUCUGAAUGUGUCUGUAUCUCCACACAGGCAAGUGCUUGAAUCAGUCAAGUGUGACUGUGACUCGGAGUGUGUGUGUGUGUGUAUGUGUGUGUGUGUGUGUGGACACGUGUGCAUGUGCCACCAGAGGAAGCAGCAGCAAGAGGCAGGAGCUUCGAUCUAAAGGAGACGACGUGGGGAGGGGGACGCUGGGGGCAGACACCCUCCUUCCUGCGCGCACACGUGCGCGUACACACACACCAUAGUCACACACACAUACCAUAGUCACACACACACACACACACACACACACACACACACACACGCCACAGGGCCUCGCAAGCGGGGAGCGGGCUCCAGGAUCCGAGGCGAGGCAGCUCUGCUGAGAGCGGCGGGAGGAGGCGAGCCAGCGGGGGGAGCCCUCGGUUCCGCUCCCGGGCCGGGGGCCCCCCGCGCACACCGGCCCAGAGACACCCUCGCAGACACUCGUAGGCGCGCACGCGCACCCUUUCCCCUCCUCCUCCCCUCCCGCCGCCUCCCGGCCGGACGAUGGAUCCCUGCAGAUCCCGGGGCUGAGAGCACCGCGCAGCGCCAGCGCGCCGAGCCCGGGGCGGACCGAGCCGAGAGAGCAAGCGCGCGCGGGCGGCAGACCGAGCUGAGCCGAGCCGGCCGGGCGGGCCGCUCCCUGCAGGGCUCUACGCGGGUGCCGCGGCGGCCGGCGGCUCGGGUUCCGGGCCAUGAGCCCCUCCGCGGCGCGGCGCUGAGUCCACGGACGGCCUCGCGCCCCAGGACCUGCAGCGGCGGCCGGCUUUCCCCAGCCCCCUCAGGAUCCCCUUGGCAAGGAUGGAAUUGAAGACCGAGGAGGAGGAGGUGGGUGGUGUCCAGCCGGUGAGCAUCCAGGCUUUCGCCAGCAGCUCCACGCUGCAUGGUCUUGCCCACAUCUUCUCCUAUGAGCGGCUGUCUCUGAAGCGGGCACUGUGGGCCCUGUGCUUCCUGGGUUCGCUGGCCGUCCUGCUGUGUGUGUGCACUGAGCGUGUGCAGUACUACUUCUGCUAUCACCACGUCACCAAGCUUGACGAAGUGGCUGCCUCCCAGCUCACCUUCCCUGCUGUCACACUGUGCAAUCUCAAUGAGUUCCGCUUUAGCCAAGUCUCCAAGAAUGACCUGUACCAUGCUGGGGAGCUGCUGGCCCUGCUCAACAACAGGUAUGAGAUCCCGGACACACAGAUGGCUGAUGAAAAGCAGCUAGAGAUAUUGCAGGACAAGGCCAACUUCCGGAGCUUCAAGCCCAAGCCCUUCAACAUGCGUGAAUUCUACGACAGAGCGGGGCACGAUAUUCGAGACAUGCUGCUCUCGUGCCACUUCCGUGGGGAGGCCUGCAGCGCUGAAGAUUUCAAAGUGGUCUUCACUCGGUAUGGGAAGUGUUACACAUUCAACUCGGGCCAAGAUGGGCGGCCACGGCUGAAGACCAUGAAAGGUGGGACUGGCAAUGGCCUGGAGAUCAUGCUGGACAUUCAGCAAGAUGAAUAUUUGCCUGUGUGGGGAGAGACCGACGAGACAUCCUUCGAAGCAGGCAUCAAAGUGCAGAUCCACAGUCAGGAUGAACCCCCUUUCAUCGACCAGCUGGGCUUUGGUGUGGCUCCAGGUUUCCAGACGUUUGUGUCUUGCCAGGAGCAGAGGCAGCUCAUCUACCUGCCCUCACCCUGGGGCACCUGCAAUGCUGUUACCAUGGACUCGGAUUUCUUCGACUCCUACAGCAUCACUGCCUGCCGGAUUGAUUGCGAGACGCGUUACCUGGUGGAGAACUGCAACUGCCGUAUGGUGCACAUGCCAGGGGACGCCCCAUACUGCACUCCAGAGCAGUACAAGGAGUGUGCAGAUCCUGCCCUGGACUUCCUAGUGGAGAAAGACCAGGAAUACUGCGUGUGUGAGAUGCCUUGCAACCUGACCCGCUACGGCAAGGAGCUGUCCAUGGUCAAGAUCCCAAGCAAAGCCUCCGCCAAGUACCUGGCCAAGAAGUUCAACAAAUCGGAGCAGUACAUAGGGGAGAACAUUCUGGUGCUGGACAUUUUCUUUGAAGUCCUCAACUAUGAGACCAUCGAGCAGAAAAAGGCCUAUGAGAUCGCAGGGCUGUUGGGUGACAUCGGGGGCCAGAUGGGGUUGUUCAUCGGUGCCAGCAUCCUCACCGUGCUGGAACUCUUUGACUAUGCCUACGAGGUCAUUAAGCACAGGCUGUGCAGACGUGGAAAGUGCCAGAAGGAGGCUAAGAGGAGCAGCGCAGACAAGGGCGUGGCGCUCAGCCUGGAUGACGUCAAAAGACACAAUCCCUGCGAGAGCCUCCGAGGACAUCCUGCCGGGAUGACGUACGCUGCCAACAUCCUACCUCACCAUCCCGCUCGAGGCACGUUUGAGGACUUUACCUGCUAAGCCCUCGCAGGCCGCUGUACCAAAGGCCUAGGUGGGGAGGGCUGGGGGAGCAAGGGGCCCCCAACUGCCCCCAGCUACCCUGUGGACUUAACUGCAUUCCUGGUCAGUGGUUCCCUCUUGUCUGUGGUGAGAAAGGAGUCUUGACCAUAGAGUCCUCUCCCAGCCUCUAUCCCAUCUUUUUAUUUUAACGAAAUUAAACUAAUAUAAAAAGAGAGAGAUCGGUCAGGACCUCAGGCUGCCCCUCUGCUCCAUGCUGCCUCCCCUAGCUCCAAGCCUGAAUUCUGUCUGUCUGGCUGUCUGUCAUCUGAGUGUCCACCUACAUUCUGCUGCCACCAGUCACCAAAGCCCCCUCUUAGUGAGGGGUGGAGGGGAUCUCCAGGAUCUGAAGUUUGGCCCCAAACCAGAGAAUGUACCUUAAGGGAGAGGGCUGGUGAGGGGACUUCCCUAGCCUUAAGAGAUGCUCUCAGCCGGGUGACUCCCCAGGAGCCCAAGUCUCCAGGUAAGGACUCCAUGCCCAGUUCUGCUCCCUCAAGCAUAUAGAACCUUUAGGGGGGCGGAGGAUCUCCUGAAGAAGUAGAGACGGGGACUCCGUGUGGCCCUGGUGCUGUAGGCCACAUCCCAAUAUCCGUAAGUCACCUCCAACCCAAAGCUGCUGGAGAGAGAUCCCAAGAGGCAGCCCUCUGUGACAUCCCCUAGAAGACCUGACUGGUUAGCUUCCAGCUCAGGGAGAGCGGCACGGCCGCCUGACCUCACUGGCUUCUCUCUCAGAGGCCUUUGCAGAGGGCCGCAUCCAUAAAUUUUCUUAUGGAACAGUUCCAAGUCCUCUUCCCUGACUUCAUUUGCUUCUCUUGGCAACCUCAUCUGCAUUUUCUAUUUCUAUAUGAUACAGACUCUAUAUUACUAUAGCCUUGUAUAUACUCCCCUCCGGCCCUGUUUGUCUCAGUCCCAUUCCCUCUUGUCUCUGAGAAUCAUCCCCCAGCCCCAAGUUCUCCCUUCUGUCUCCCCCCACCCCCCCUGCCUCCCAUUCUCCUGUCUCUGAAUGCCUUUGCCUGUAUAAAGAGUUGGAUUCUCCCCUGGUGUCUGUACUGUGUACACACAUCCCUUUGAGAAGCACAAGGAGAUGACACGCGCAUUGUAACCUUCACACUGUCUCGGUGGCGACAUAAAGGAAGCUGUGAAUUACAAGCUCUGCCUCUUUCUGGCCUCUCCCUCGGCCCCCAUGACCGGGGCACUCUCUGCCCUCCCCACGGCCUUAACAUGUUCCUGCUCCACCUAUCCUGGUGCCCUUUGUCUGGCUGACUGUAGCCUCCCUGAGGGAAGGGAUUGCUGGAGAGGUAGCUCCUAUCCAGGAAUGAAGGACACUGGCUGGAAACUAAGCCAAGAAUGUUACAGACAGGGGGAGCUGGGGAUUGGUGACUGACCCUUGCAGUUGGGCAGUGAGUACCCAAGGCCAGAAGCUGAAGCCCUCAUUCAUUCAGUGGCCUUUCUUUCCUCAGGGUGCCCAGUGCCCUGUCCUCACUUUGAUGCCUAGGCCCACUGCUUGCAUUUUCUGGUGAGCCAGGGCUUGGUCAUGUGAGGAAAGAGGUAGGCCUAGAGCAGGAGUUGAAAGCCCUGCUGUUGUGUGUCCCUACCAUACAGGGCUGGCUAAAAGUCGAGGUAGACGCUUACCUAGGAAGCGCAAGGCCCUGGGUUCGGUCCCCAGCUCGGAAAAAAAAGAACCAAAAAAAAAAAAAAAAAAAGUCGAGGUAGAGGGCCUCCCCACCCCCACCAGGUACCCUUCCCAGGCCAGAGCCCCAAUAUCUUUCCAGGCCUUCUCUGUCCCCACUGUCUCUUGGUCUCUAAUUCCAAAACAGGACUUAUGGGCAGAUCACCUGUGUGGGUUGGCCUGGAGCCAGAGAGUGAGGCUAUAGAAUCUUUGAAACCUUUUGGUUCCCAAGAGUUGUUUAGAGAACAGAACUCCCCCAGAAGGAAGCAGGGCAAAGCAGGGAAAUGGACACUGACUGGGGGGCAGCAGAAGGGGCUCUGGGUGACGCAUGCCUCUGGUCUAAUAAACUGGGUUUCAACCAUC